CUGGAGCCUCUCAGCCUCUCGGGAAAGGGCUAUCACCUAGGCUCCCCCCGCAGCCUGUGUGGCUCCUCCUCCUCCAGAGUGGGUGACAGUGGGAGGGGCAGGGACCAUUUCUCCGGCGGGGGGGAGGCGACCGUACACACAGCCCCCCUCGUUGUCGUGUCCUUGUUGUCAGCAGCGCUAUGGCAGAGCAGCCGGCGGUGUGCGCGGCACAGGUGAGCGGGAGUGUGCCCGUCCUCUUCUGCUUCUCCGUCUUCGCCCGGCCUUCCUCCGUGCCGCACGGCUCCGGCUAUGAAGUCCUGAUCCAGAAGUUCCUCAGUCUGUACGGGGACCAGCUAGACAUGCACCGCAAGUUUGUGGUGCAGCUCUUCGCGGAGGAGUGGGGGCAGUACAUCGACCUGCCCAAAGGCUUCGUGGUCAGUGACAGGUGCAAAGUCCGCCUGGUGCCCCUGCAGAUCCAGCUAACAACACUUGGAAACCUUACUCCCACUAGUACUGUCUUUUUCUGUUGUGACAUGCAGGAGAGGUUCAGACCAGCAAUCAAGUAUUUUGGAGAUAUUAUAAGCGUAGGACAAAGAUUGCUACAAGGAGCACGUAUAUUAGGAAUACCAGUGAUCGUCACAGAACAGUAUCCUAAAGGACUUGGGAGCACUGUGCAAGAACUUGACCUAACCGGAGUGAAGCUUGUGGUCCCAAAGACCAAAUUUUCUAUGGUUUUACCAGAAGUAGAGGCAGCGCUGGCUGAAAUUCCUGGGGUUCGUAGUGUUGUGCUGUUUGGAGUUGAGACUCAUGUAUGUAUUCAACAAACUGCACUGGAUCUGAUUGGCCGAGGGGUAGAAGUUCAUAUUGUGGCAGAUGCGUCUUCAUCAAGGAGCAUGAUGGAUAGGAUGUUUGCUUUAGAGCGCCUUGCAAGGAAUGGAAUCAUAAUCACCACAAGCGAGGCUGUACUCCUGCAGUUGGUUGCUGAUAAGGACCAUCCAAAGUUCAAAGAAAUCCAAAACCUUAUUAAAGCAAGUGCUCCCGAGUCAGGACUCCUUUCUAAAGUUUAACUACAAAUGAAAUGACUCUCCUAAUUGGAUUCCAUUUACUCGUUGUAUUUUCCAGUACAGAAUAAUUACAGAACUGCAUGAUUAUACUUUGGAGCAAACUAACGACUCCAAUAUCUUCACGGACUCCUCCGUAAACUAAAUUAUUGUUUGCCUGCGUGUCAAAUGAAGUGAAUAUUGUAAUGUUGUCUAGCUUCUUAUAGAUAUUAACUAUGAGAGCAGUUAUAUGUGAUAGAUCAGGACCGUGUGCAGUCAAUUUGGUCAAUUUUCAGAGCAACUUGCAGGACUCUGUAGAUUGUGGAGUCUAGUUUGCAUAAGUAUAGGCUGGAUGAUUGGUAAAGGUAUAUGGCAUGAAGAGGCGACAAUCACUUGGUCCAUAUU